AUGGUAAGGACUAAACCAACUGCAAGCAAAGUAGUCGACGGACAACAUCCCAGAUUCCGGAAGGCACUAGCAAGGCGGGCCGCCAGGAAGGUCCCUCCUCCAUUGAAGGUGUGUGUCAAAAAGCGACAGCGCUAUUGCCCAGGAACUGUGGCUCUCAGAGAAAUUCGAAGGUACCAGAAGUCAACCGAUCUCCUAAUCAGGAGACUGCCCUUUCAGCGUCUUGUUCGAGACAUAGCUUCUGAUAUUAGAAAAGACAUGAGGUUCCAAGGGUCUGCAAUGGAAGCUCUCCAGCAAGCGUCAGAAGCCCAUCUUGUGGACAUGUUCCAAUGUUCCAACCUUUGUGCUAUCCAUGCCAAGAGAAUCACCAUCAUGCCAAAAGAUAUCCAGCUAGCCAGGAGGAUUCGAGGUGGAAGGUUUUAG